CGUCACCGCGCUUCUUCCGCCCCGUCUCUGCGGCCGUUGGUAGCACAGUUAGCACUAGCACGUUAGCCGCCAGCAGCUGUCGGUUGCAGCCAGCGAGGCAGUCCGAGCGGUGGUGCAGUUGGGAAUCGUCAUCCUCCUCCUCCUCUCCCCGUGUGGAAAAAACCGUGGACGGCCGGGUUGUUUAUUCGGGAGCCAGCUGCUUCCUUCCGGACCACUUGUGGUAAAACAGUUGUUGUCCUCACCGUCACGACAGGAAGACGCUCUGGGACAUGGCCAGAACAGAACAAGUCCUGGUGCUUGAGCCACAACAUGAACUGAAAUUCAGAGGCCCGUUUACAGAUGUCGUCACUGCCACUCUGAAGCUCACCAACCCCACAGACAGAAAUGUGUGUUUCAAAGUCAAGACAACUGCACCUCGCAGAUACUGCGUGCGCCCGAACAGUGGCAUCAUUGACGCUGGGACCUCGAUUAAUGUUUCUGUUAUGCUACAGCCCUUUGACUACGACCCCAAUGAAAAGAGCAAACACAAAUUCAUGGUGCAGUCUAUGCUGGCUCCAUACGACAUGACUGACAUGGAAGGAGUUUGGAAGGAGGCAAAGCCAGAGGAGCUGAUGGAUUCAAAGUUGAGGUGUACAUUUGAGAUGCCUCUAGAAAAUGACAAAACUCAUGAGAGUGAAAGCAACAAAAUUGUGUCUUCCUCUGCCUCCUCUGUUAAGACUGACCACUCUGUGCUGCCCAAGUCAGCCAGUGCCUCACUGGAUGAUGGAGAGGUGAAGAAGAUCAUGGAAGAGUGCAAGCGGCUGCAGAUGGAGGUGCAGAGGCUACGGGAAGAAAACAUUCAGAUCAGGGAGGACGAUGGGCUGCGGAAGAGAAGGGUGGCACCAAUGUCUGCUCCUCACUCCUCCUCCACCAUGGUGACCUCAACUGUGAGGGACGAAGGCCUAAGCACCCGCGUCCUGGCACUCUGCGUGCUCUUCUUUGUCAUUGGAGUCAUCAUUGGGAAGCUGGCCCUGUAAGGACACAGACGAACAGAGUACAAUGACGGACGGAGGGGCAGCGUGCUCAGGAGGACACGUUUCAAUGGCGGCAACUGGGAUGUCUUCUUGGUUUAUGUUUUUUUUUGUUGUUGUUUGUUUUGUUAUUUUUAUCAUGUAAGGCAAUAUCAUAAUGGUUUGUCUGGAUGGAAGUUAAUAAUUUAAUGUGUAUAAAGAAACAAAGGAAGGCAAUCCCAAGUCAAAGAGUGUGAUGGUUUUUGUCACAGGUGUUGCCUUUGUCUUUUUUGUGAAAUAAUCACAACCUCUGGUCUGUUUUUUCCGUCCAUCCUUCCUUCCAAAAUGAUCUUCCCCAACUUGCACACUUACCAGUUAGUGGUGUGUGGAAGUGACUUCACGCUGGCUGAAUGUUCAAAGUCUUUUGUUGAUUCUUAAAUCUUCACGUUCCUCACUCACAUUGUCUAUAAAAAGAUCUAACACUCUGUUCCUCUAACUACUGAAAAUCUGCAAGAUCAACGCAACUGGUCUGUGAAAGACCUUUUUCUCUUCCUAGACUCAAACUAUGUAUUGUCUUCUGAGCAGUAUGCUGUUAGAAGGGGAGCCAGUAGAAGGUGUGUGCGUGUGUGUAUCUGAUUCUUGCCUCUUGCUGGAGGGUUACUGUGACUGUGUGUGAAUGUCAGUAGAACACGAAUGACUAAAUCCAAGGCUGUCGUGAAAGUAAGGAAGAAGGGUGGUUUAAAAACUGUCAUCUGAACAAAUUGCCUGUACACAGCAGAAAAAUUGGGGUGUUUGUUUAUUCUGAUUUAAAACAUUUGAUUUAAACAUCUGUCCACACAAGGUAACCAAACAAUGAUCAAGGUUUGAAUCAUUUUGAUUUAAUUAUUUGGCAAAAUUAACUUUAUGAUACUCUGGAUGCUUAAUGAAGUAGCAAAUCAAAAGCAAAUCUAAAACUUUGUUAAAAGCAAUUUAAUGCUUUGGGUAGAAAGACUAAAAGUGGCAGCAGUAAUAAAGUCCACCAGCUUUUUGCUUGUUUCCAAUGGUUUUCCAAGAAAGCAAGUUAAAUUUUGUUGCAGUUGCCCUUUAAAGGGCCCAAAUUUCCCCUUAAAGCAGUAAACUUCUCAUGCAAAACUUAAAAGUAUCUAAUGAUGGACCGGGCUUGUUUAAUUUUGCCCAUGGUGUAUUGUAUUCGCAUCCUCUAGUAUAUUACAGCAGUUGUUUGCAUUUUUUUUUCUCUUUGUGUUACCAUGUAUCCACAUUGCUUCUGUUGUUUAUUAUUCUCAAAUGAACUAUAUUCAAUUGUCCAGUCUGCAUGAGAUGACCUGGAUUUGUUAUGAUCUUUAUGAUUUUUUGAUUGUUGACCUUAUAUUAGCUAAACAAAAAAUACUGUCUUUUCAAAGGGACCAUUGUCUGGUUUAUCAGUUUGUGUGUGUUUUCUUUCUUUUUUGUGUUCUUUUUGCUUUUGUUUCCUGCUGGGCUCUGGGGGUUGUUAGAUAACUGAGACAACACAGCUGUAUUAUCUCGGUUAUCAUCUGACUAUCUCAACAAAUGCAAUUGUUUAAAAACAAAAAAGAAUAAAUAUCUGUUUUUUGUUGCCUGAGCGAGCUCGUGGGCUGGUAGGAGGAGGGCUGACCUGUUAAUAAACACUACAUUAAAGAAAAUAGUAAGGCAUCAUCGCUUCAGACCACACAUGCAGAGUCACACAACAGUGUAAUCAUGGUAAUUGGAGACUCUUUUGUAUGUACAUAAAAAGACUCAAAAUAUUACUGGCAAAGUUCUUAACUUACUGUAGUAAAGGAAGAAAAUACUUAAUCAACCACCACGAAUCAUGUAGCAUCAUAAUGAAUUAAAAUACAUAAACCCCCAAA